UACAACACAUUGGAGUUAAGUUAAUUAAACGUGAAAGUCGACAACAGCUGCCCGUAUAACCACAAUAAGACUUAAUAAGUGUGAAAAUAAAAAUAGUUCGGUAUUCUUUUCACUUGUACGCGAUUUUGCUUGUUUAAAGAAAUUUGUUCGAACUAGAAUUAUGGUGUCUUUGUUUGGCUUUAUCUUCAUACUGAUUAUUCCACUGUCAAAAGGGCAUGACAUGGGGAAUCCAAAACCAGGAACAUGUCCUGACGCGGCGGGCAUGAUUGGUAUAUGUGUUGAGAUGUGUUCCAGUGACAGUAACUGUACUGGCUACCUGAAAUGCUGCUCUAACGGAUGUGGUCAUACAUGUCAAAUACCAUUACCAGACUGUUCAACGGUAUCAUGCGUAAAACCUGACUGCGAUGUAUCUCACACACCAUUCAGAAAAUGUUGCCCAGUGUGCGGACCAGAUUGUUCUCUGGUCAGGUGUGCUAGGCCUGUUUGCGAACAUGGCGUUUACAAACCUAAAGGAGAAUGUUGCGAUGUUUGUAAACCAGAUUGUUCCCUGGUCAGGUGUGCUAGGCCUGUUUGCGAACAUGGCGUUUACAAACCUGAAGGAGAAUGUUGCGAUGUUUGUAAACCAGAGAAACCAGGGAAAUGUCCAGACUCAAAGGGCAUGUUUGGUAUAUGUGCGGCGAUGUGUUCAGGGGAUCAUACAUGCCCUGAAAAUCAGAAAUGCUGCUCCAACGGUUGUGGUCAUACUUGUCAAGACCCAGCACCAGAUACAUGCCAUGAGUUUUGUGGAGGCAUUGCUGGUAUUACUUGCCCUGAUGGCAAAACCUGCAAACUUACGGGAAAUUUUCCUGACGCUGGAGGCUGUUGUAUUGAUGUACCUGAACCGAAACCUUUGCAAGCAUGCCUACAACCCAAGAAAUCUGGUCCUUGUAAAGCUGCAUUUCCUCGAUACUUCUACAAUUCAGCUACGUGUCAAUGUGAAUCGUUCAUUUGGGGUGGAUGUCAGCCUAAUGAAAACAAUUUUCUUAGCCCCGAACAUUGUGAAGUAUCAUGCGAGAUGCCAAUGAAAUCUUAUCCUGUUUGUGAACUUCCAAAGAUAUCAGGGCCUUGCAGAGCUCUGAUGCCUAGGUGGUUCUAUAACACAACAUCUUGCAAAUGUGAAAACUUUAAUUACGGUGGAUGUGGUGCUAACGCAAAUAAUUUUCUCACAAAAGACUGGUGUACAAAGAAUUGUGGGUGUAAUCAAUGCAAUGCUUUCUGCGACAAGCCAGCUGACGCUGGUCCAUGCGAAGCCAUAAUACCAAGAUACUUUUACAAUACCAAGACGUGUCAGUGUGAAAGGUUCAAUUGGGGAGGUUGUGGUGGAAAUAGCAACAAUUUCCAGACAUCUGAAGGCUGUUUAAAAGCGUGUCGUGGCUUUAACACUUGUGAUAGACCAGAACAACCUAACUGUCUAUUGCCCAAGGAGACUGGUCCCUGCAAAGCACUAGUGAAAAGAUUUCAUUACGAUCCGUUAGACUGUAAAUGCAAGAAAUUCAUUUACGGUGGUUGUAGAGGUAAUAGUAACAAUUUCGCGAGCAGCAAAUUAUGUGAAAAGGCGUGCGGAAAUACAACAUGUCCUGUCUGCAAUUUACCACCGUCUCCAGGACCAUGCAGAGCGUCCUUCCAGCGUUUCUUCUUUAAUAUACAGACAUGUCAGUGUGAAUCGUUUAUCUAUGGUGGGUGCGGAGGAAACGAUAACAGAUACGAAACCUUACAGGAAUGUCAAGCUAGAUGUGGAUCUAUUCAGUGCCCAGUCUGUAGUCUUCCAUCAGCGAAGGGGCCUCGCAAUGACAAACUUGACCGAUGGUAUUUUGACGCUUCUGAAUGCAUAUGUAAGAAGUUUAGGUACGGGGGUAGUGGUGGAAAUAUGAACCGUUUCAUGACCAGGGAAGAUUGUGAAGGUUCGUGCGGAUCGUUCCCCUGUCCGGUUUGUUCCGAACCAAUGAAAGUUGGGUCAUGUAGCGAUAGGGAUGAAAAAGCAAUAAAGAAGCGAUUCUAUUACGAUCCUCUAUCAAACAAAUGUAAAAGGUUUUCAUGGAGUGGGUGUCAGCCAAACGGAAACAAUUUUAAAAACAGGAAAUCAUGUAAGAAGGUCUGUAAAAACUUUGUCUGUUCCCUUCCAGUAAAAGCCGGACCGUGUGAAGCUGCUACAAGAAGAUAUUUUUAUGACACUGCCUCCGGAAAAUGUCAGAAGUUUUUUUGGGGUGGAUGUGAUUCGAACGGAAAUAACUUCCGUACCCUCAAGGGGUGCCAGAGAACAUGUAAAUAGCUAUAGGACUGUAAACUGAAGAUUCUAAACCUCACUCUAAACCUUGCAGAUUAUAUAUUGUACAUAAACGGGGGUCAUUUAUAAGUAACGAAAUUAAAGUGCGUAAAUGUAUGUCGAUUUCUGUUUAUAACAUAAAACUAUUAUUGUUCCUAUUAUAAUAUAUUUGAUAUUGAAAACAAUGCCUCUUGCGUUAAUAAAUGUUAUUAAAAUUUUUAACAACAUCUGUUCGCCUUAAACUUUUAAAUGCAUAUUUUACUAUUUAAUGCUUCUUUAAGAGAAUAAAUAUUCUAGUGAAUUCA